AUGGACGCCUAUCCGACUGAGCUGCCCAGCGGAAUGCAACUGGUCCAUGACCCUGUGAACCUGCAGGGCCUGGAGCCAGAGUAUCAUGAUAUUGUAUGCAUUGGCGGUGGUAUGAGUGGCGUGAGCAUUGCAUGCAAGUUGAAGAUGAAGUAUGGCAAGGUGCCCGACAUGGCGAUACUUGAGCGCUGGGGGGGGCCUGCAGGAACGUGGGAGGCCAAUACAUACCCGGGAUGUGCAUGCGAUAUUCCAGCGCUAGUUUUCCGCCAGAAGUCCGACUGGAGCAGCUUCUUCCCCGGACAGCCGGAGAUUCGCGAGUAUGUUCGGACGGUUGUGGCCGAGUAUGGGAUCGGCGACUUGUUCCGCUACCACACGGUCGCCAUCGAGUCGCGCUACGACAAGGCGACGGGCUUGUGGCACGUCAUCUCGGCGACGUAUGACCCCAAGAACCCCACCGCUGCGCCCAAGUACACAUACUAUGUGUGCAAGAUGCUGGUGACCGCCGUCGGUGGUCUGUCAGAGCCGAACAAGUGUGACAUCCCCGGCCAUGAGACAUUCCGCGGUCCCCUCUUCCACUCGGCGUGCUGGGACCACUCGGUGGACCUGAAGAACAAGAACGUGAUUGUCGUGGGCAAUGGGUGCUCUGCGACACAGAUUGUGCCGGAAAUUAUCAAGGAGGCCAAGCAUGUCACACAGUUUGUGCGGUCUAAGCACUGGUAUGCGCCGCAGCCCCAGAUUGAUCUCCCGACCAAGCCGUGGUUCCGCUGGAUGCUGCGCAACGUGCCAUUCUUCAUGACCCUGCUGCGCACGAUUGCGUGGCUCACGCUGGAGUCGCACUUUGCUAUGGCCCUCAGGACACGCAGGGGCGAGUCACUCCGCGCCAACUGGGAAAAAUUGUGCCGUGCGUACGUGACAGAGAAGGCGCCGGCCAAGUACCAUGAGCAGCUCAUACCGAAGAAGAACGAGCUCAUGGUCGCCUGUCGUCGCCGUGUGCUGGAUAACGCGUACCUACCUGCGCUAAAUGCACCGAACCUGGACCUCGUCACGACCAAGCUCGUGCGCAUCGAAGAGGAUGCCGUGUGGACAGCCGAUGGCCGCCGCAUUGCUGCGGACGUGAUUGUCAUGGCCAACGGCUUUAGCCCCAAGGCGGCUGGCUCGCCACUGACGCUGCGCGGUGCUGACAUGACGAUCCAGGAGCACUAUGAAAAGUACGGCGAGGGUAGCCAGCUCGCCUACCGCAGCAUCUUCCUCUCAGGCUUCCCGAACAUGGGCAUGCUCGUCGGCCCGAACUCUGGCACCGGGCACAUGUCCGUGGUCUACACGUCGGAGCGUCAGCAGGAGCUGCUGUUGAUCAUUGCUGACCCGGUGCUGACGUCGGCGAGACCCACCGAGGCGGCCAUCCGGCACCUGCCUGGCGCGCCCGCGUCGCCUGACCUUGGCCGGGUCCCGACGUACGAUGUGAAGAUCGAGGCCGAGCUCGCAGAGCAGCACUGGAUCGUGAAGCGCAUGAAGGAGCUCGUCUUCAGCACGUGCGACUCAUGGUACCGCGACGCGAAGUCGGGCCGUGUUACGGCCGUGUACCCCGACUGGCAGUGGAAGCUGGCACUGCGCUGCUGGUUCCCGGUGUGGAAGGACUACGUAUACACCAACCUGCCACGAGGCCAAAAGCAUGCGCGCUCGACGUUGUGGCAGAAGAUCGGCUGUGCGCUGAAUCUGGGCGGUGUACCCCACGUGGACCCGUCCGAGACGCCCGAGAUCCACCGCGAGGCCAUGGGAGUGUAG